AUGGCAGAUAAGCAGGACCUGGAGGAAAUCACCAGCUUCAAUAAGGCCAAGCUGAAGAAGACGGAGGCACAGGAGAAGAACACCCUGCUGACCAAAGAAACCAUCAAGCAGGAGAAGCAAGCGGAGUGA